CGGUUUGGGGGUGGGGAGUGCGCGCCCAAGGGGGAGGGUCCGUGGUAGCCGUGGGGCGGAGAGCCGCCUGCGCACACGGCCCGGGGGCCUGAGAGGGGCCGCAGAUUCCUGGCGACCCAGGGACGGCGUCCCGCAUGAUCCACGGGCGAGUCCGGGGAAGGGGCACCCCCUCUCCACGCAACCUCCCCUCUGACAUCGCCAGGCCAACGGGACUUAACAUCUUCCCUCCUGGGGAGCCGAGGGCGGCGUGAGCCCGACCGACGUGCACCGGAUUCUGUAGCCCUGACGGGCGGCCCGGGUGGCUUCUUGUGGCGGGACACGCCCAGCGGGAGAAGCCGGGCGGGGCGGAAGAAGCCCGUGCUCCCGAUCUCGAGGAUCCUAGUCGGAGAGUAGCUGUUCCUAGGGGAGGCAGAGGUGAAUCAACAUGGACCCCUUCGGCGGCGCAGCGUCUUAGCGCCAGCGUGUGACACCCGGCCUUGCAGAGCGUGUCGGGGCACCAGCUGGAUUGUGAAGUUCCGGGGUGGGCGGGGAGGCUACUGUCCGUGGUGCUGAGCCGGAUCCCAGCAGCGGGCUCCAGGGAGAGAGCGCGGAGCUGGGGAUCAGCUCCCUCGAAUUGGGGAGAUCUGCGUGGUAGCUUAGAGCUGAGAGACCCGCCCGGCUGAGAGCGCGCGCAGAGCUUCCCCAGGCAAGGCGAUUCGCCCUUCUUCCUGUCAGAAAGUCGCCCUUCGGGGCAGUUCGUCCCGAAGGGUUUCCUCGAAAGAAUCUGAGGGCACAGUCCUUGACUGAGGGAAUCUCUCUGUUUAGCCCCGGAAGCCACCUGCUGAGAAGGAUGCCGGCCUUCAACAGUUUGUUUCCCCUCUCUCUCGUGCUCAUCUACUGGGUCAGCGUCUGCUUCCCUGUGUGUGUGGAAGUGCCCUCGGAGACAGAGGCCGUCCAGGGCAACUCCAUGAAGCUGCGCUGCAUCUCCUGCAUGAAGAGGGAGGAGGUGGAAGCCACCACUGUGGUGGAAUGGUUCUACAGGCCCGAGGGCGGUAAAGACUUCCUUAUCUUCGAGUAUCGCAAUGGCCACCAGGAGGUAGAGAGCCCCUUCCAGGGACGCCUGCAGUGGAAUGGGAGCAAGGACCUGCAAGAUGUGUCCAUCACUGUGCUCAAUGUCACUCUGAAUGACUCUGGCCUCUACACCUGCAACGUGUCCCGGGAGUUUGAGUUUGAGGCGCAUCGACCCUUUGUGAAGACCACACGGCUGAUCCCUCUCCGAGUCACUGAAGAGGCUGGAGAAGACUUCACCUCUGUGGUCUCAGAAAUCAUGAUGUACAUCCUCCUAGUCUUCCUCACUUUGUGGCUGCUCAUUGAGAUGAUAUAUUGCUACAGAAAGGUCUCAAAGGCUGAAGAGGCAGCCCAAGAAAAUGCGUCUGACUACCUUGCCAUCCCAUCCGAGAACAAGGAGAACUCUGCAGUACCUGUGGAGGAAUGAAGCAGUGUGACUUGAGGUGGCCUGAACACUGAGAGACUGGCUAUCUCAGGUUCAGUGAUGCCGGCAGCAUCAGGAGGGUGCCCCAGCGGCCCCAUCACUUCCUUCCUGCAUCCAUCUUUCUACUCAUUCAUCAUUCAUCCACCCACCUCUGAGCUUUCCCUGCUGACUUCCUAACUCUGUCAGAACUCUACACACUAUCUUUGCCAGAACAAAGGAGCCAGCAUUUCUAUACAGAUUCAACCUCACCCUGGCCUGGCUUUCCGGCAAGCAGCUCCCACUCCUACUGGAUUUCUCCCCUGUGCUCCAAAUAACUUUGUACAAGUGCUGGAAGUAGCACCUCCCUCUGCCCCUAGCUGGCUGGAACUGGCUCAUUCUCCAUUGCUGCAAGAGACUGUCUUACUGGUAGGAACAAGCAAUUAGUUGGGUCAAAGCAAAAGCAUGUCAUGUAUUUACUCUUUGAAGUCAGUUUUUUCAAGUUCCUGGCCCACUUGGGUAGAACACCAGAGAGAAGCAUGCCUCUCUAGAUUUCUCCAGUAACAAAGAUCCUUAAGCAUGGACUAAAAUACUCUCUGGAGCUUAGUACUCAGAGCUAGAUUCCCGUAGGUCUCUGAGGCCUGUACUAAACACAGUACUAAGAAUCCAAGUGCAAGAAACUUGGGAAGGACCAAGGGCAAUUUAAAUGGCUCAAAAAAAGCCAUACAACAUAUUACUGAUCUUAUUGGGAUGAUGGAUGUGUGCCCUUCCUAGAGAGUAUAUCGCCUGUGGAUUGGGACUGGAAUUCCUAAAUUCUUCCUCUCAAAACAUCUGUGGAUCAGUAUUAUUCCUCAUUUUACAGGAGGCAACUGAGAUUCACUUGGAGCUCAACCGGAUAAGAAACUUAAGAGACAAAAGGGAGCAGUGAUAAGCUUUGGGUGCUGCCCAGUUUACUCCCUGGGAUAGACAGUUUUGCAUCUGAAAAGACUCUGACAUUGAGCUUGGCUGUAGCCACGCCUCUUGUAGUAGCACAAACUUGGGGUGGAUGAUCUACCUGGGGUUAGCUAUGAUAGAUCGCAGAAACUAGAAACCGGCCAAAAAAGCAGAGAUGAGGACAUGAGAUAGACUCGAAGAAUUUCCUACAAAAAUGUGUGAACCUGGGCUGGGUGAUUUAGCUCAGUGGCACCGUGCCUGCCUUGCAAGCGCAAGGUCCUGAGUUGGAUCCCCGAUAACAAACAAACAAACAAACAAACAAACAAACAAAAAACCCGCAAAAAUAUGUGAACCUGAAAUAUCUUUCAGAAUGAGAUCACAUCUGAGAAGGAUAUUCAAAUUAAGAGAAAUGCCUUUUAAAAUGGGCAUGUUGGCACAUGCUUACAAUCUGAGAGGCUGAAGCAGGAGGAUCAUGAGUUUGAGCCCAGCCUCGGCAAUUUAGCAACACAAAGAGACCCUUUAUGAAAAUUUAAAAAAAAAAAAUGGCUAGAGAUGUAGCUCAGUGUGAAGGACUCAGGUUCAAUCCCCAGUGGAAGAGACAAAGAAAAGGAAAGUAAGGUUUUUUAGUCUGAAAUAGGUGGUGAGCAGAGUGUUAGGGGAAAGAUAGUGGCUCCAAAUACCUCACCUAUGAAUCUGUAAUGUUCAGAGUGGUUUGUUUUAUUCCCCAAGUUUAAAGUGCGCAGAGAAACAAUGAAAAAAUCUUGGUCAACAUUUUAUUUUCAUUUUAAUUUGGUGACUGGCCCAGGUACAAUAUCCUUUAGCACCUAGUGAUAUGUGAAAGUAGUUAGGAAGAUAAAAAGUGACUAGGAUUCAAUAAAAGGAAUCCUCCUCAGAUCUGGGGAAAUGUAUAGGGAAGACCUCUGUUGGCUUUGGACUUCACCUGACAGGUUCAUUUUUCCUUGUCUCUUCCAUCUCUUGGGACAUAUUUAAAACAAGACCCUUAACACAUUUUAAAGAAUCCCAUUUUCUUGAAAAUAUUUGCAAUAAAUUCAAGGCUCUUAUUGGUAAUUUUCUGCACUGUCCUUUUGAAAUAGGGGAGAUGUGGGACAUUUUUCUGAGUUUAAUGAAAAUAGGCCUGAGUUAGUAGGAGGCUUACUCAGCCACAGGCAUGGCUGCCUUUUGCUCUUUUCUUUUUAAAUAACCUAACUCAGAUGUUUUCUGAGUUAUUUUUAAUGAAGUUGAAUGAUAUUGGUCAUUUAUCCUUUAUGAGUGUCUUCUCUGUUUUUCCUUUUUCUAACUUUUCAUCUCUUCUCGUCUUUAAUGUUUUCAUUAUAGCUAUGUGGCUUGCAAAGGAUUUUCAUUUCAAUUAUUUGAUUUCAUCUCAACUGCUCCAGUGAAGUGUUAUUAACACUCAAUGAAGAAACUUUUAAAGCUUUUAUCAAAUUACCAGGUCACUUACCUGAUCACUGGAGACGUGGAAUCUGGGUCUUCUGACUCCUAUUCCAGUUAUCUUCCCACAUAGACCAUAUCUGCUUCCUUUCUUGACUUCCAUCCAACUCUUUGCUUAUUUUGAUGUCCUGAUUUCACCAUCCUCUUUCAGCCGUGAUCCCACUCUCUUCCUUCUCUACCCUUUUGCUUCUUGGUGGAUGCUAGAAAUGUGUGUUGACUGCAUCCCAUUCUGGUUCUCUUUCUAGUCGGUUUGUCAUUAUUUCUCUGGAAAUGCAAUUAAACUCCUUGCUGGGAGGCUUGAUCAUGACUAUAAAUGUACAAGGUACUGUGAUCACCAGCUUACUUAAAAUCCCCACCCACCUUGUUUCUCCCCAUAUUCCUGUAUAAGACCCGGGCUAAAUAUGUGUAGCAUUGGAAGCUUUAUCUGGUGUGCUGUUGCUUAUUAAAGGGCUUAGAAGAGUUCUCAAGGGCUAUAAUCACUUUAGAAACCCCAUCUGUUAUCUUGGUGCUGCAUAUUUCCCAUGACUGAUCCGAUCCUCAGUAAUACAAUUUACUAUAGGCCAAGCUAUGCUGAGUCUGAUUUUCCCUAUCUUACUGCUUAACAGCCAUGAACUUGAUCACUCAACUCAAUUGGUCCUGAAAGCACCGUGCCCUUUUGACCUUUACUGUCAACUCAGUCUUGCAGCAAAACCCACACCUGUGUGGAAAUACUUGGAAAACCAGUGCCUGUUCUUAUCCAGCCUUCAUUUUCCAUGGUCUGUUGAACAGCAUUAUCCUUUGGUUUUUCCAUCCUCAAACAUCUGCACAUCCAGACCUUCUUCUGAGUCUCUGUUUGCUCCUUAGAUGUCAAACCAGAAAUAUUAGCAGGAAAGGAAUUUUCCAAAGCAGGAAUAUGCUGGGAAACGUGUAGUGAAUGGUUUUAAAGGAGACUGUAAUGCCCUCUUCUCCCUCCAAAACUACUACAUCAAAAAUCAAAAUACGAACUGGUCAUGAUGGCAUGUGCCUGUAGUCCCAGCUACUGAAACAGGUGGACCUCUUGAGCCCAUGAGUAUGAGACCAACCUGGAUAGUGAGGCUCCAUCACACACACACUAGACUUUUCUUAGAAUCUGUGGAUUCACUUAACAUAAACCAGAGGGGAAAGGCUGUGUGAUUGCAUCUUUGCAGGAAGAAAGAGAGAUAAGAGGUGUGCUGGGCAUGGUGGCGCAUACCUGUAAUCCCAGUACUCAGGAGGCUGAGGCAGAAGAUCUGCCAUGAGUUCAAGGCCAGCCUCAGCUACAUAGUGACUUCAAGGCCAGACUAAACUACAUAGUGAGACCCUGUCUCAAAAAGAAGACCAAAAAAACCCAAAACAAAAACAAAACUGAUAACACUUCAAAUAUAUCUUCUUUCCCUUUUCUCAAUUUCACAUGAAAAUGGAAAAACAGAUAAUGGGAGGAGGGGGGGAAGCCUUCCCCUCACCUUUUUGUAAAUGAGAAAGCCCUAACUCAGUGAAUUUACCCAGUCACAGCAAAUGUGUCUAUCUGAAUAGUACUUGAUGUGCUUGCUCAUCAAUCUGAUCAUUCACCCUGCAAACAUUUUUCAACACCCACCAGGUCAACCACUCACCGGGCCCCAUGGUCUUAAGUCUGAAAAACAGCUUCAUUCAAGCCUGAACUUCUAAAAGCUAAUGUGGUAGACACCUAUUGUUUAGAUCAGCCCACUUCCUCCUAUUUGAGUUUACUAUAGUUCAGAGUCCACCUCUUCGUAGGCCAGCUACACCUCAGCACCAGUACCGCUCUGUCCUUUCUCCCUGACACCAUGGGGCUGGAGCUGCAACACUUGGGCAGUAUGUAUAAAGGGAGGGAAAACUCUGAGAACUUGUGCUUAUAAGUUUGUGGAAUGAAAUUCCACCAAACUCAAUUAGCAAACGCUUAGACUUGUGACAGAUGGAACACUGUCACCGUCACAUUGCAUUUUCUUGAUUUUCCACAGUAAUAAUGUUGUUCCUGAUCAUCCAACACCUCACCACAUCAGCCUAAUGCCUGUAUGUAAUGUUUUUCAGUAAAUUCCCAGUUCAUGUCAAUAAAGUAUCUCUAAAAACCA